AUGAACUUUGUUGCAUGCCAACUCCGAAGGCAAUGCCUACCUUCACGUAUAAGCAGUGUGUUACGAUAUUCUUCAACCUCCCAGCGCAACAGAUCGGUUCUAGAGAAGAUCCAGGCUGAAAAGAGUGGCAAGGUUGUACGGAAACUCAAGAGCAAGGGCAAUACGGUGGCAGAGUUCACUGAUAAUGAAUCCUACGAGCAAUCCAACAAGCAGUUCUCUGCCGAACAAGAUUUCCAAAGACCUAGUGCAAACAGCCAUGCAAAUGGCGAUCCUUAUAACAUAUCCAAGUAUGACGACCCCAAGUUCCUUAGCAUUGCAAACGCUGUCUACAGAAAGCUUCAGCCCAUCACUCCCAAUGACUCUUACGUCUCGUGCACCACCUUCGAUUCCAAGGGGAAUGUGGUGGCCGUCAGUAGGCGAUACCCGAAGAUGAAGUUUUUGAAAGAAAACAACCUCUUUCCUCGUGAUUUGAGGAAGAUUGAUACCUCGUCGAUCGAUGUGGUUCCACUGAUAAUGGUGCGGUCUCCCAACAGUAUACUUAUAAACUUGCUUCACAUAAAAGCCAUCGUGAAGAAGGAUAGAGUGAUGAUUUUCGACACGUCCACCCCUACUAUAGCCAAGAAAUUGGGCCUAUUUAUGUAUGAUUUGGAGAUGAAGUUGAAGACAGGAGCCGUCAAUAACGCAUUGCCCUACGAAUUCAGAGCGCUAGAAACAAUUCUUAUAAGUGUGAUGAGUUACUUGGACACAGACCUUAGGAAACACCUACAGGAAUGUGGGUCUAUCUUGGACGAGCUAGAAGAUCAAAUAGAUAGGAAUAAGCUUCGAGACUUGCUCAUAAAGCUGAAAAGUUUGGCUCUGUUCAACCAGAAGGCGCUCUUGAUUCGAGACGUCUUGGACGAGUUGCUCGAUAGCGAUGAAACGUUGGCGGCAAUGUACUUGUCGGAACCAAAGCAAUACGAUCCAACUGUUGAGAAUCCGCUGGACUAUCAGGAGCUAGAAAUGCUUCUAGAAGCAUACUACAAUCACUGUGACGAAUUUGUGCAACAGGCAGGAUCUCUUUUGAACGAUAUCAGAGCUACCGAAGAAAUCGUCAACAUCAUCCUAGAUGCAAACAGAAAUUCAUUGAUGUUGUUUGAAUUAAAGAUUACGGUAUACACAUUAGGAUUCGCUGUGGCCACCUUGGUCCCCGCUUUCUAUGGUAUGAACUUGAAGAACUACAUUGAAGAAUCAGAACUUGGAUUUGGGGCUGUAGUGGUAUUUUCAAUCAUUCAGGGACUAAUUGUUACAUCAUACAUGUUCAAAAAGCUCCGCAGUGUUCAAAAACUCACCAUGAUGGGAGGUGCCAGUAUGGCACCAAUGAAACAAAAGAAAACGAUAUCGGCGUUUCCCACUGCCCACUUUCAACAUAGCUUACAUCAACAAUGGAACAGGCAUUGGACGAUAUCGAAUUGGGCCAGAAAAAAGAGCUGGUACCAUCGAUUUUUGUAUGGAGAUCGGAAUACCAAAUUCGAUCGCCCAACUUCAAGAGAGAAAGAUGUAAUCUGGAGAAUGAUCAAUGACGACAAACCUAUGAAGUAA